AUGGCAUCCUCCUCUAUUGGAACCGUCGACCUGACCGUCGAGCCCGACCUGCAGCCCCUGUACCCCACACCCGCCCAGAUCUCGGAUCUGUUAUCACCCAGUGUUAGCCUUGCGCCUUCCCAGAAGGCAGAGCUGGUCACCCACUCGCUAAUACGCGCCUGCGUAUUCGCGGACAUCAACCUGCUCUCCUUCCUGCUCUCUGACCCGCAGGCGCAGACGUAUGUCGACCUCUCGAAGCAUGACGAAGACAGCCUCGGCCUGAUCAGCACCUCUAUCCUCGGCUUUGGUUCUGAGUCGGAGCGGGACAUCGAGCGGGAGGAGUGCGUGAGGUUGCUCGUCUCUGAAGGCUGCGAUGUCAACACGUCGGACUAUGCCGGAUGGACACCGCUGCACUACGCCGCAUUGCUUUCCCCGCCGACUCUGGUUUCCUUUCUUGUCACGCACGGGUCCUCCCCGUUAGCGCUCACAAGGCGGGGACUGACCCCUCUGGAUAUUGUCACCGCGCAUUCCACUGUGCCAGGCCGGGAGGAUGUUGCGUUCUUGCUCGAGGAAGCAAUGCGAGAGGCGGGGUGGAAAGGCGGCCGAAUGGAAGACCAACGACGAUCACUCGAGAAGCGAAUGCGCCGCUUAGGGAAGCGGCGUUACGUCCAGGAAUCGGUCGAGAAGUUGCUUGGAAUAUCCCCGAAAUGGUGGGGGGACGAGGACACGUUCUUCUCCCUCGAGUCCGACGAGGAGGGGGAUGAUGAUGCCCUUUCGGACGCUGUGCUUACACCGCCGCCAGAUUUCUCGUCGAUGCUGGUUUUCUCGCCAAUGUCCCUGCCAGACAUCUUCCAGUCACUAAUCACAGACUUCCCGCCAUCGCUACGGAAUGCUGAACCUGCCAACGCGUUAUAUAUGCUAGCGCGGUUUGCCUGCUUGAGCUGCGAUCACAAUUGGAUAGAAGACCUGAUAAUCGGGGCUACAGACACCAUUGAGGACGUCUUCUUCAACCAUGCGGAGGAUCCAACUUACCUGAUCUUCUGGCUAUACAACACGACGAUCUGGCUUCACCUUAUGCGUUGCGACAACGCCAUUAGCCGGACAUGCGAUGCGUUGGGUUCGCUUGCGCUCAUCGAAGAGAUUCUCAAUUCUGUGUUUGUGUUCAUCAUCCGGUUCGCCGAGCGGAGGAUCGACUCACUGCUGGACGCGGCGUUACUGGAUUACUCCCCGCUUUCAAGCGAAUUUGAAUCCAUCCAGUUCGAGUCGGAGUGGUCUUUCCUGCGUUCGUUCGGUGCGGGAAAGAAAAAGGCUAACGGAGCGGCCUCAAGCGCCAACACCGUGCGCGGAGCUCCACCUUUGUCUCCUACACAGGCGAGCAGACCGCCGUCUCCACCACCGUCGGGUACAUCACCACCCAAUGCUGGUACCUUCGCCUCUUUCCGACAAACUCUGUCCCGCGCACGCGCGCCAUCUUCAGCUACUCCACUGCAGUCCCUAUUCAGCGAUCCUCUACACCCUCCUCCCACGAGCCCCAAAGACAUGAUAUCGUUCAUGACCGCGUUACACACCCUCCUCAUACUAUCCGGUAUCAACCCCGCGCUCGUGACGCAAUUUUGGUCACAAGUCAUGUACUGGACAGCGUGCGAGAUCUUCAAUAGGGUCCUGACGCGCAAGAAGUAUAUUUGCCGAUCCCGAGCGGUGCAGAUCAGUAUGAAUCUGGGGGUAAUCGAAGAGUGGAUUAGCAGCAUGGAGCUGCCUCGAGGCGUGGGAUCACACUUCGCCCCCGUACACGACCUGCUGAAUUGGCUCCAGUGCUCGUCGUCUAUCACGGAAUUCGCGAACCUCAUAGCCACGAUCCAGACCAUGAAGCACCUCAAUCCAUUGCAGAUGCGUCGAGCUGUUCGAGACUACAAGUACGAGGUCAACGAGGGUCGGAUGACCGAAGAAUGCAAUCAAUAUCUCGCACAACUACAGAAGGAUUGGGAGCGCCAUCGCGUCAAGAUGGGUGUGGAGCAGCUGCGGAAGGAGCUCGGCGAGCGGGAACGGGAACGCGACGAGAGCGUCAGCGUCAGCGCGUCGCCGUCUCUUCACGAGGUCCCGAUCGCCUCCGACCAAUCGUCCUCAAUCUCUCAGGAGGGCAGCGCCGCCCAGCGCUCCAUCGACGCGCUCUUCGACCGCACACAGGAGAAGCUGCUCUGGGAACCAGCGAAGGCACCUGACCCGCUCGGCGAAUUGUUGGAUUCGCGCUUCAUGCUUCCCCUACUGCUCCCGUCGGACCCACGCAUGCUUGGGGCCCUGCCCACAAAGCCGCCGAGUCUGGACGACGAGAAGCGCGCGGGCGUGCGUCUGAGCAUGGACGGCUCGAGCCGCAGCGAGAGCCGUGCGAGCUUUGGGAACCGGGGCGCGAUGGGCUGGCGGUUCAGCAAGCAGCUCCGCGACAUCGGGCCGACCACGCUGCAGUACGUGGACGGAAGCAGGGCUGCGGCACGCUGGACGAGGCCGGUCGAGCUCGAGCCUGAGGAAGACGAAGGGGACAAGCCUCCACCGGCGUAUGCAUCGGACGAUCCCGAUGAGGAAACGGGCGAGCUCAAGAUCGACACGGAGACUGUACACCUUACGGCACUGACCCGGGCACCGUCCGGGCGAAGUAGAGGAAGGGCGAGCGUGGCUAACGGCACGCCUAUAGACCAGAAGGGCGACCCGUUGAUAUCGUAAUGGAAGGACUUGUUUAUGGAUCUGCACUCGCAUUGCUGUCGGACUCAUACAUACCACUGCUGUUUAUUCACAUCUGUGUCGUACCCGACCUGUCGGGGCUAACGUCUU